AGGGAAAAACAAGAAGCAAAGUUCGUUUCUUUUCUUUCAAAUAUAUUGGGUUAGAAGGAGUGAGUAUAAGAGCCAAAGGGAUUCUUCGUUUCUUUGAGUUUGUGUUCGUCUUUAUAGAGCGAUGGCUGAAUCGACUUGUCUUCUUCGAUCCUUCUCUAACCACACUGACAUUUCGCCUUGCAUGGCUAAACAGGUAGACCCCAUUCGUUUGCUUGGAGAAUCGAUCUCUUUUGGGAGAUAUAUGUCGGAGGGGCUAGAUUGGGAGAAAUGGUCAGUUUUCUCACACAAUCGCCAUGUAGAAGAAGCUGAGAAAUUCUCCAAACCAGGUUCUGUUGCUGAGAAGAAAGCAUACUUUGAGGCUCAUUACAAGAAGAAGGCAGCUCAGAAAGCAGCAGCCUUGGUCCAAGAAGCAGAUGGAUUGGCUAAUGAAACUUUUGAUUCUGAAACUCAGGAUGGGAACUGCAAUAGCUCAUCCGUUCAGAUGAACUCAAUAGAGAACAGUAACAUGACUGUCAUUGAGCAGAAUGAGAAAUGUGAUGUUAGUUAUGCUUAUACAAAUGAAGAUAAGCGUGAUAUACAGCAGAGUGAAGUAGAAAUUUCCAAAGUGGAAUUACCGAAGGAUAUGCCUCAACCUCUAGCUGAUACUCCUACAGUGAAAAAUUUUGUCAUAGUCGAUAAUUCCAACCAGUGUCAUAAUCUUGAGAAGGUUGCAGUCGCCAGAGUAGAAAAACUGUGUGAUCCGGGUAAUCCAGGGAAAGUUAAGGCAAGAGAAGUAAAGUCUUCUCCAAAAUCGUCAACCAAAGCUACAUUAUCCAAACCCUUGUAUUCUCCUGCAGAGAGGAAGGCUACAGGACAAGCCAGAAGUAGACUGAGCAGUGUCCCAAACAGCAAAGGAACUGUUAGAGGCUUGGCUGAAAAGAAGAGGCUCUCUACAUGGUCACUCCACACGUCAAUCAAUCUUCCUUCUUGUGCUGGUGAAACAAGCAAAACGGUCUCAGUGCUGCAACAGAACAGAAUAAAAAAGAUCAAUUUAAAUUCUCCUAAUGCUUCGAGAGAUCAACCAGUUUCAUCACGGACAUCUGUUAGGGCUAUUCGUGAUAUAUUCAAUCAAGCUUCAGAGUAUCCUCAGCCUGAGGGUACAAGGACUGAAAGACUACGUAAUAAGUCAGUGUGUAAAGGAGUGACUGCAAGUGCUGAACUGUCCUCCCCUUCUGCUAUAUGCUCAAAAUCACCAAGCACAAGGCGUCCACAAUCUUCGACCAUAGCAUCACCUUUUCGAUUCAGAAGUGAAGGAAGAGUAGCAAAACGCAAAGAGUUCUUUCAAAGGAUGGCUGAAAUCAAAUUGAAGGAGGUAGAAAGAAUGCAGCCUCAAAGGAAGUGCAAGGAGAAAACAGAGCUUGAUCACAAGAAGUUGCAGCAGUGCAGUGGCUUUAAACCCAAACAAAAGGAGGACAAGAAUGGUGAAUUACAUUUGCCAAGUAAUGAGAUGAAAAAGAGAUUGCUUUCACAGCCUCAGUCACCAAAACCUGGAAGCAAAGCAACUUCCAGUACAUGCCAUGCCAAAAACUCUCGAAACUCUUGGAAGCCUCUCACCGGUAUUAGUACUCCUAAACGUGUUACAGAAAAAAUGAACCAAACAAUGAGGGGAUCAGUCACUUCACUAUCGAAGAAGGUCAGACAAGAGAAUGCUUCUCCAAACAUUCAGCCUUGAUGGCAUUAAAAAAAAAAAAGGAAAGAAACUUUCUUAUACGAGCAUGUGUUUGGAGAUUACCAUGUCAAAGGUGAUGGGCACAAUCCUCUUUUGAUUAGCCUGAGUUCUUAAUGAUUAUAAUGGGCUUAUGAUUUGAUUCUGCAAGGAUGAUUAAAGGAGAUUUUGUGGUGGUAUGUUCCCAGUUCCACCAAUUUGAAGUAAGAUCUUUUAGUCCCUGUCCGUUGGUAUUUGGGAAGUUGUAUUCUUAUAGUUACCUAUAAGUUUUGAUGAGUUCUGACCUAGGAUCAUUCUGUAAUUGAAAGUGUAAAGGCGACAAGGCAUUUAGAUUUGCAUCCUCUCGUGUGAUGUAACAUAGUCAUAUGAAUAGAAAUAUAGACAGGUUUAUUAUCUAA